AUGUCAGGAGCCCCCAAGGAGAGUUUGCCAGGGCUGCCGGGGCUGGGCAAGGCCUGCUUAACCACCAUGGACCAAAAGCUUAACGUGCUGGAUGAGAAGGUUGACAAACUCUUAAAUUUCCAAGAAGACGUCAUGGAGAAACUGCAAAGCGUGUACCAAGGCAUGGGCCACCUGGAGCAAGGCCUGCACCGGCUGGAGGCCUCCCGUAUUCUGGGCCCAGCUGGGGCCGACCGCACUCCCCCCGCUGACAUGCAGGCUGGGUGGCCGGAGGUCCUGGAGCUGGUGAGGGCCGGGCGGCAGGAUGUCGCCCAGCAGGGCGCCAGGCUAGAAGCCCUCUUCCGGAUGGUGGUGGCUGUGGACAAAGCCAUAGCUUUGUUGGGGGCCGUGCUCCAGAACUCGAAGGUGGUGGAUUUCAUCAUGCAAGGCAGUGUCCCCUGGAGGAAGGGAAGUCUGGCCGACGGCCCUGCGGAGAACAAAGAGCGAGUGGAAGAGAAAGGAGCAAAACCAAAGCACGCGCUGAGCACCAGAGGCGUGCAAGCCGAGCUCAGGGGGCCUUGGGAAGAGAGCCAGAAGGUGGACCUGCCAGAGGGGACAGUGGAGAGGUUGCCCCCCAUCAGUGCUUCGGGGAUAGGAGCUGACCUCCUUACCCAGGCAGAGGCCUCACCAGGGCAGGGAGACGGAGUUCCUGGCCCAGCCCAGGUACGCCCAGAGGCGGAAGCCAAAGCUCCUGCAGCAUCCAGCGAGAACCCCAGGACGGGCCUGGAAUUGUCUGUGGUGUCUGAAAGGGUCAGUGAGGCUCCCACCGGCCAGGAGGCUGCAUCGGGUGCAGGACAAGGAACAUCAUCCAGUAGGCCUGACCCCCGGCCCUCGGAGGAGGGCAUGAGGCUGACUCCAGCGCUGGCAGCCCAGGCCAAGGCAGCUCACGGUGGUGGAGAAACACCUCCAAGGAUCUCCAUCCAUGUGCAGGAGACAGACACCCCUGGGGAGCUGCUUGUGACACGAGGCGGCAGCCUCAGAACCACGACCCCUGCAGAGGCUCCAGCAGCUGUCCAUCCAGGUGAGCAGGACUCACCUGGGCCCAGGUGCUGUCCCCAGGCCCCUGGGACUGAGUCAGGAAAACAUAUCCCAAAAGGAGCCGGGGUGUUUUCCCCACUGUGGAAGCGGAGCAGCGAUUGCGGAGCAAAGGCCAAAGAGAAGCAGGGGUCUGGGCCCGAGCCCGCCAUGGCACCAAGCAGGGCCUGGAGGGACAAGGGAGCCGAUGCCAGGACCCCGGGCCCGCAGCAGGACACAGGCCCAGGAGCAGGGAGCCCUGAGCCUGGAAAAGACUGCACAGCCAGGGGCACGAGCAGAGCCGAAGCAGGAAGGAGGACACCCCCGGGAGCUGAGGCGGGCAGCCUGAUUCUGGACGACAGUCCAGCCCCGCCAGCCCCCUUCGAGCAUCGGGUGGUGAGUGUCAGGGAGACCUCGACCUCAGCGGGCUACACAGUGUGCCAGCACGAAGUCCUGGGAGGGGGCCGGUUUGGCCAGGUCCACAGAUGCACGGAGAAGGCCACGGGCCUCUCGCUGGCAGCCAAGAUCAUCAAAGUGAAGAGUGCCAAGGACCGGGAGGAUGUGAAGAACGAGAUCAACAUCAUGAACCAGCUCAGCCAUGUGAACCUGAUCCAGCUCUACGAUGCCUUUGAGAGCAAGAACAGUUUUACCCUUGUCAUGGAGUAUGUGGAUGGGGGUGAGCUCUUUGACCGGAUCACAGAAGAGAAGUACCACCUGACUGAACUGGAUGUGGUGGUGUUCACCAAGCAGAUCUGCGAGGGUGUGCAAUACCUCCAUCAGCAGUACGUCCUGCACUUGGACCUCAAGCCUGAGAACAUACUGUGUGUCAAUCAGACGGGACACCAAAUUAAGAUCAUUGACUUCGGGCUGGCCAGAAGGUACAAGCCUCGGGAGAAGCUGAAGGUGAACUUUGGCACUCCCGAGUUCCUGGCCCCGGAAGUCAUCAAUUACGAGUUUGUCUCGUUCCCAACAGACAUGUGGAGUGUGGGAGUCAUCACCUACAUGCUGCUCAGUGGUUUGUCCCCAUUUCUAGGGGAAACAGAUGCAGAGACCAUGAAUUUCAUUGUGAACUGUAGCUGGGAUUUUGAUGCCGACACCUUUGAAGGGCUGUCAGAGGAGGCCAAGGACUUUGUCGCCCGGUUGCUGGUCAAAGAGAAGAGCUGCAGAAUGAGUGCCACACAGUGCCUGAAACAUGAGUGGUUGAAUAACUUGCCUGCCAAAGCUUCUAAAUCGAAAGUUCGUCUCAAAUCCCAACUAUUGCUGCAGAAAUACAUGGCUCAGAGGAAAUGGAAGAAACACUUCUACGUGGUGACUGCUGCCAACAGGUUAAGGAAAUUUCCACCUUGUCCCUAAUCCUCAACUCAGCUGCUCCCAUGGGCGCAGAAAUUACUGAGACUGGUGGUGAAGUCAUGACUGAAGAUUUUUAAUAAUCUGGCCUUCUACUUAUUUUGUAAAAAAAAGGUUAUGGCUGUUGCCUUCCUUGUGGACAAAAAGUGGCUGUAAAGAGACUGACCUAAGAACUUUUUUCUGCCUUAUAAGAUCAGUUGAAAUGCUGUGAUUACUUUUCAAGUGUACCUACUUUUGGUGAUAAGUGUAGGCAUGCUUUAGGUAGGUAGGAAAGCUUCUACUUUGCAUAUGUCAAAUUUAAAGUCUAAGCUUACUCUGAUUAAAGAACCCAGCGGACUAUCACACAGGGCAUGUUAGUCAGUGUUACCUCCUCCAGUGCAAAGAGUUCCUAGCAUUUUGACUUGAAAUGUGAGCUCAAGUGUGAGCUGACAUUUUGUAUUACAUUUGUUGCUCUAGAGUGAAGCAAUGUGGAUUUAAGGCAGAGAUCCUCAAACUUGUUUUAACUUGUACUCUCUUUUGAGAAUCAAAACAUGCAUCCUUUAAUAUUCUUUGAAAUUUCAAAAUGUACUGUCAUGGCUAUAUCAGAGCAAUGAUAGUUUUGAAUAUGCUUUUAAAAUCUGUACAUACCUCUAGCCUCUCUUAUUCUGCCCUGUCCUGACACUGGCAGUCUCCCUCCUGAUCUCGCUUCCGCAGUUAUGAAUCUAUGGUCUAGUAAGUCUGGGAACUGAUAUGUAAUAUGUGAAAGAGAGAUAAGAAUGUAAUGAUGUUCAGCUUUCUGAGAGAAACACAGAAAUGAUGCAUCAAGAGAAAACAAAUGAAAACUGCUCUCCUACUGUUUUAUCAGGUAUAUACCCAUCACUUAACUAACUUCAAGAAAUGAUUAACAAGGAGUACUUUAUUAUUCAAAAGGAAACAAUCCUUUUAAUUUCCUUAGCUGUAAGGAAGUUUUUGUGCUGUUCUCAUGAACUUCUUGGGUCAGAAGUUUUUAGUUACUUUUAAUUUUUAAUUAGCCAUGCAACAGUUUCACAGCCUUUCAGGACUUUUGCCCCAUAAUAGACUUUUUUUAUUGUGGGGAGAGAGGCAGAAGAUGGAGACAUUAAUCCUCCUGCUGCAUUUCUUCGGUUAUAGCUUUUCUCUGGAACACUAACCCCUGUUGGGAAGCUAAGAUUUUCAGUAUCAGCACAUCUAGGCCUGCUCCAAGCUUGUCGGCUUGUGGAUGAAUAUCAGAAGAGGUGGCUGUUGGAAACCUCCCUUUCAUGGGCCAGUAACAGUGAUUUGGUAAAAUGCUUUCUUUUUAAGGUGUUUUGAAGGCAGCCUCCAGAAGGAGCUAUAGAGGAUAUCUAUAGUUCUAUCUAUAGUACGGUGAUUCUUCCCUUCCAUGGGACUUCACAUUCUUGGGGGAAUGCUAUGAAUCUUCUCCCCAGAAAAAUGUACAGUUAGUUAUCCUGAUCUAGAGCACCACUCCCUCAUAGAAAUAUAAUAUGAGCCAUAUACAGUUUAAAAUUUUCUGAUAGCUUCUCUAAAAAACCCCAGUAAAAUUAAUGUUAAUAAUUUAUUUAACAUAUC